GGGCGGGGCGGCUUUCUACACUUGCGCACUGUCGGGCGGGCCUUCUUCCUUCUCGCCGAACGCCGCCAACAUGGUGUUCAGGCGCUUCGUGGAGGUUGGCCGGGUGGCCUACAUCUCCUUUGGGCCUCAUGCCGGGAAGCUGGUCGCGAUUGUAGAUGUUAUUGACCAGAACAGGGCUUUGGUUGAUGGACCUUGCACUCAAGUAAGGAGACAGGCAAUGCCUUUCAAAUGCAUGCAGCUCACUGACUUCAUCCUCAAGUUCCCACACAGUGCCCGCCAGAAGUAUGUCCGAAAAGCCUGGGAGAAGGCAGAUAUCAAUACAAAAUGGGCAGCCACAAGAUGGGCCAAGAAGAUUGAAGCCAGAGAAAAGAAAGCCAAGAUGACAGAUUUUGAUCGUUACAAAGUCAUGAAGGCAAAGAAAAUGAGGAACCGAAUAAUCAAGCUUGAAGUUAGGAAGCUUCAAAAGGCAGCUCUUCUGAAGGCUUCUCCCAAAAAAGCACCUGCUGCUAAAGGUACAGCUGCAGCAGCUGCAGCUGCAAAGGUUCCAGCAAAAAAGAUGGCUGCUGCAGGCAAGAAGGCUCCAGCCCAGAAGGUUCCUGCCCAGAAAGCUGCAGGCCAGAAGGCAGCGCCUCCAAAAGCUCAGAAGGGUCCGAAAGCUCCAGCCCAGAAAGCACCUGCUCCAAAAGCAUCUGGCAAGAAAGCAUAAAAACAAAAGGCUAUUAUAAAAGUAAUAAAGGUUGUUUUUGACAAAUU